AUGGCACUGGAAGCCGUCACCGCCUCCCUUCUAAGGCGCCUGCACGCUGCUCCAACACCACUGCACCGGGCGUGGACUUUGCAAUGCCGCCAUCAUGCCAGCACCAGCAACAGCACCAGCACCAGUGCCAUCCUGGCCACGCAGGAGCCGCAAGACCUCGAUCCAUCCACCUUCCACGAGGCCACGGGCCCGUCAAGACGGAAGUUUGAUCCCGUCAAGACCGCCUUCAAACGCUCAGAGCAGCUACCACCCAGCCGAUACCAUUUCCGCCCUCCGAAAUACUACCGUGGCGAAUUGCACCCUCACCAACCGCCCCCCACCUCCGAUCCCGCAUCUCGCGCCUUCGUCCCCGGCCCUUUCUCCCUUCCCCGACUCGAACAAACCUACCACGACACAGUUGCCUCCGAUUUGAUGACCAUGACCUACAUGCACUUCCCCCCAGGUGUCUACCCCCAGCAAAAGGGCGAGCGGUAUCGGGAAUGGAUUGGCGAUAGUCCCUACUUCAAGAAUCGUCCGCGUCGAGGCCCGCGAGGCGGCUCGGUGCUGCGCAUGCUUCGCAAGCCCAUUACCUUCCGCAACGUCCCUCAGCUCGAGCGCGUGACGGUACAUUGCAUGGUCAAGGAAGCCACAAGCGGAAGCGCACCCUUGCACGUGGCAGGCAUGGUGAUGCAGGCCAUCACCAACGUCCGCUCCACCUCGCACGCAACGCGCAAGAGUGUCGCCGCCUUUGGGGUACGCGCGGGACAGCAUCUGAGCGUGACGUGCGAGUUGACGGGCGAGACCAUGUAUCAUUUCCUGAGCAAGGUGGUCGAUGUGGUGAUGCCGAAAAUCAAAGACUUCCGCGGCAUCAAGGGCAGCACCGGCGACAACUCUGGAAACCUUGCGUUUGGCCUCACGCCGGAGGAUGUGGCAUUAUUCCCCGAGGUGGAAGUCAACUAUGACAUGUAUCCGCCCAAGAUGAUCCCGGGCUGCCAUGUCAUAAUCCACACCUCUGCCAAGACGGACUACGAUGCGCGAUUGUUGGCUCAGGCGAUCGGUGUUCCAUUUUACGGGAAGUUUGUAGACUGA